AUGAUGCCGAGUAGGGGCAUGAAUGCCCUUCGCGGCAAGCUGCCACGAAUAUACCAAGCGCAAUGUCGAAAUCUCUCAUCAUCACCAUCAACUCCGCGAUCUCACCUCCGCACCGCUCCUAUAUCAUCACGAACGACAAUACCAUUUCCCCGAACGACACGAAUCGCCAUUCCGUCCAUUGCCGCUUUCCGCUAUGCCUCCACUCAGCCAAUUCCUCCUCCAGCAGCAGCAACAACUCCUCCACCUCCCCCCGUCGCAGACUCAACUACCUCCUUCUCCAACAUCGACACUAUCACGAUCGAUGAAGUUGCCAAGAAUGCCAUCGUAGACCCCAGCGCCAUCCCCGAGCAGAUCGGCUAUCUCCACGCGGUGGGAGUCGACUAUGGCUAUGGAAUCACAUCCAUGAUCCAAUGGGUCAUCGAACACGCCCACAUCUCGCUCGGUCUUCCCUGGUGGGCAUCGAUCGUGCUCACAGCGGCAGGGCUACGCCUCAUGCUAUUCCCCUUCUAUCUCAAGGGGUCAGAUGCAAUGGCCCGUACGGCAGCUUUGGCGUCGGUCUUGAAACCUUUGAAUCAACAGAUGGUUGCGGCGCGGAAGGAAGGAAACCCGACUGCUCAGAUGGCAGUGUGGCGUCAAACGAGAGCGAUCAAGAAGAGGGCAGGAAUCACGGGCUGGGCCAUGUAUUCGCCGAUGGUCGGACAGGCAGUAUUGGGUUUCUGCGGGUACCGAUUGUUGAAAAAUAUGGCAACGCUUCCUGUUCCAGGCUUGGUCGAUGGAGGUUUCCUCUGGCUACAGGAUCUUACCAUGACAGAUGGUUAUCUCCUGCUUCCGCUCAUGAUGGCAGGCUCGAUGCACGUGGUCUUUCGGCUGGGAGGCGAAACUGGCACCAUGCCGCCUGAAAUGCAGAAAUUCAUGAUGUGGGCGUUUCCAGUCAUGAUCAUGAUCUUUACAUCAUAUCAAUCAGGAGCUGUGGCUCUCUGGUUUCUCGGAACCGGUAUCAUUGGUAUUCCUCAAGCGAUGGCACUUCAGAAACCGGCCGUGAGAAAGUACUUUGGACUCGCGCCAUUGUACAAACCAAAACCCGGCGAGGGACCUGAGAAUCCUUUUCAGGCUUUUCUGGAUGCAAGGAGCGGAAAGACGGCCGAUACAUCGGCACCCGAAGCUCCUCAUGCUGGAGGAAAGAACGCGGCGUACAUGAAGCUUCAGUAUCAGUCUCCCAAGAUCCGGACUGCGCGCGGCAGCCCACGGACAAUUGACACAACGCUGGUGGCCCCCAAAAGCGACAUGGUACAACCGCGCGCACCACCGAAGAGCAUCUUUGAGCAAGCAAAGGAUAGAUUCGAUCAAGGCAAGCAAGCAGUCAGUCGUAUGAGUGAGCAAACGCCCGAGCAGAAGAAAGCUGCCGAAAAGGCUGAGUUCAAGAAGAGAGCGGAUGCGUAUGAGAAGAGGGCGGCGGCGAGGCCUGCGAAGCGGUAA